AGUAUUAAACACAUUUUAACAUGGCCAUUCAUCACCAAACUUUGGCUUUCAUUUUCGGCCUUCUAGGAAACAUCAUCUCCUUUAUGGUGUUCCUCGCUCCACUACCGACUUUUUACCAAAUAUACAAGAAAAAGUCUACGGAGGGGUUUCAAUCACUACCUUAUAUUGUUGCAUUGUUCAGUUCAAUGCUCUGGAUUUAUUACGCUUUCGUAAAAAGGGAGGGCACCCUCCUUCUCAUUACUAUUAACUCCUUUGGAUGUGUCAUAGAGACACUCUACCUUGCCAUCUUCUUAAUUUAUGCACCCAGAAAAACUAGGCUUUCAACCUUCAUGAUUAUUUUCUUGUUGGAUGUUUUUGGGUUCGGAGGCAUGCUUCUUUUAACUCUCUUCCUAACAAAAGGAUCCAAACGCCUUAAAGUGAUUGGAUGGAUUUCUCUCGUUUUCAAUAUAAGCGUAUUUGCUGCUCCUCUCGGGAUUAUGAAACGUGUGAUAAAGACGAAAAGUGUGGAAUUCAUGCCUUUAAGUUUGUCCUUCUUUUUGACCUUAAAUGCUAUCAUGUGGUUCUUCUAUGGCCUUCUCCUCAACGACUACUACAUCGCUCUCCCAAAUACACUAGGUUUUCUAUUCGGCAUAAUUCAGAUGGUGCUGUAUUUGAUUUAUAGAAACCCCAAGACAAAUAAGGUAACGAAAUUGCAAGAACCAAAUAGUCAUGAGAUUAUUGAUAUUGGGGAACCGUCUGAGCUGAAUCAUGUAAGCAGUGGUGCUGUGACUGAGAUUGCUACUGAGGAUCCAAAUAGAAGAGAAGAAGGAAAUGGAAACCCUAAGAACACCAUGGAUUCCCAUAGCAAUAUGUGA